GCGGUGGCAGCACUAUACAGGGCGCAACGAAAGCUCGGGCGUGAACACUCAUUUUCUUUCUGGUAGAACCAAACCUGUCAGAUCUCUGCAAUUUAGUACAAUAUACCACCUGGUUUUUGCACAAGUUGGCGUACCGAAAUCCUGAACUCAAGCUGUGUGCGAACAGUUUGACAUCUUCAGUAAAGAUUCUUCACUGGUGAUAAUAAUACGUAGAAUAUCGGAAAAUAUAUAAUUUAACAUAGCGCCUGUUAAUAGUUCAUCUAAAGAAAUUAUGGGAUCUAACAAUGAAUUUCAAUGUAUACAUCGUUUAAAAAUCGAUGAUACCAUACCAGUAUAUGUUUAUAAAUCUACAAAUUCCGGAAUUACGGUUUGUAUAGCAGAAGUUGACGGUCCUGUUGUAUCUGGCUAUUUUGGCUUUGCUACUGAAGCACACAACGAUGAUGGACUACCUCACACAUUGGAACAUCUUAUUUUUUUGGGAAGUGAAUGUUAUCCAUACAAAGGAGUUUUAGAUUUAUGGGCAAAUAGAUGUUUGGCAUCUGGCACCAAUGCAGCAACCUUUGUCGACUUUACAUAUUAUACUAUGACAACUGCUGGUAGUGAAGGAUUCUUAUCCUUAAUGCCUGUGUAUCUCGAUCAUAUUCUUUAUCCAACACUUAUGGAUUCAGCUUAUGUUACAGAAGUACACCAUAUUGAUGGUAAAGGUGAAGAUGCUGGUGUGGUAUAUUGCGAAAUGCAAGGUGUUGAACAAACAGGUGAAUCUUUAGUAUAUACAGAACUAUCUCGUGCAAUUUUUCCUGGUCAUUGUGGUUAUAAAUCUAUUACUGGAGGAGCAUUAAAGAAUCUUAGAGAAAGUACUAAUAAUGAAAAAGUGAAACAAUAUCAUAAAGACUUCUAUAGGCCUGAAAAUUUGACCCUGAUAAUAGUUGGCCAAAUAAAACAUGAUGUUGUAUUCGAAGCUCUACUACCUAUAGAAGAAAAGAUCAUGUUAAGAGGAAGUAGAGAUUUAUUUGAAAAACCUUGGCAAAGUCCAGUUCCAGCUCUUCUUGAAAGCAAAGACAUAAAUGUGCUUUAUCCUUGUGAUGAUGAAGAUAAUGGAAUAAUAAAUAUUGCUUGGCAAGGACCAUCAGUUGUUAAUGAUAUAUACAACGUUAUUGCUUGUGAUUUACUAUUGAAAUAUCUCACAGACACUUCAGUUAGCCCACUACAAAAAGAAUUUCUUGAAAUUGCUGACCCAUAUGCUAGUAAUAUCACCUACUUUUCCUACGAAUAUUCAGUAUCUCUUUUGUGUCUUGAAUUUGAAAAUGUACCAAAGUCGAAGAUUUCACUCGUGAAAGAUCAAUUGUUAAAGACAUUAAAUGAUGUGCAUAAAAAAGGCAUUGAUAUGAAACGAAUGAAAACUCUUGCUCAUAGGUGCAUCCUUGAAAGAUUAAGUUGCUUAGAAAGAGCACCUCACGAUACAGUAGCAAUGAUGAUGGUUAGGCAUCUGCUUUAUGGUAAAGAUGAAGAUUUAGUUCGGAGAUCAAACCAAAUUGAAGAUCUCAAGAAAUUAGAAAUGGAACCAGAAUCUUUUUGGUUGGAUCUUUUAAAAGUAUGUUUGCUUGAUACCCCAAUGGUAAUUGUUAAAGGAAUUCCUAGUUUAGAAAAACAACAUGAAUUAACUGAGAAGGAGAAGGAACGAGUAGCUAAACAAAUUAAAGAGUUAGGUGAAGAAGGUCUUCAACUGAAAGAAAAAGAAUUAGAAGAUGCUAUUGCAAAAAAUAAUGUACCUGUGCCUGAUGAAAUGCUAAGUUCAGUACCUAUUCCAAGUACUGAUCUCAUUAGCUUUCAUCAUAUCAAAAGUUAUACGACAGAAACAUCACAAGUUGAUCACGAUUGUAGGUUUGUUUUAUCGCGUUUACCGUUUUAUACGUACUUGGAUCAUGUUAACACUAAUUUUGUAUAUUUGUUUGCUAUCAUGGAUACAUCGUCUGUUGAGAGAAAAUACAGACCUUACAUUCCUUUAUUACUCGAAGUUAUUAUGGAAAGCCCAGUAAAGCGAAACGGACAACUCAUUCCACAUGAAGAAGUAGUGGCUGAACUAGAAGCAGAUACAGUAGCAUCUGAUACCAGAAUCGGAGUUGACAAUUCUUUUAGAUUUUCAUGUGGAUCAUAUAGUCAUAGUGCUAUUUUGAUGUUGCAUCUAGAGAUAGAAAAGUAUGAUAAAGGUGUGAGGUGGAUGAAAGAGUUGUUAUAUGAAACUGAGCUCACAUCUAACAGACUAAAGAUAAUAGCUACAAAAAUGGUGAACGAUGUAGCUCAAGUUAAAAGAAAAGGAAGUAAAGUUGUAAGUGACUUAAUGAAAGGAUUAUUAUAUAACAAAGACAGCAAUCAAUUUACAUCUAGUAUGCUGCGACAACAAAAGUUUCUUACUAAUGUUUUAAACCGUUUAAAUGAUGAAAAAGAAGAAGGUUCUAUUAUAUCAGAAAUUGAAAUAGUUAGGAAGAUUUUAACAACACCUAAAAAUAUGACAAUGUACAUAGCAACUAAUGUGGACAAGUUGACUUCUCGAAAUCCAGAUGUAUACAAAUCGUGGGCCACCUGUUUUUCUAAUCUAGAGACAUUGGAAAAAACUAGACUUGACAUUAUUCCGGACUCGAUGCUUAUAAAUCCUCCACACGAAAUUUCAAUUAACGGAUGCGUUACUGGAUUAGGAUGUAUAGAAUCCUCGUUUUUAAUACAAAGCUGUCAAUGUAUAAAUAAUUAUCAACAUAUAGAUUUAGCUCCAUUGCUUGUUUGUUUGCAAUAUUUGAUACAAUUGGAGGGCCCCAUGUGGAAGCUUAUAAGAGGUCAAGGUCUUUCAUAUGCAUACAAUAUUUAUGUUAAUGCAAAUGAAGGACUAUUAUAUUUGUCAUUUUAUAGAUCAACAAAUAUUGUUGCAGCAUAUAAAGAAGCUAAAUCAAUUGUGAAUACGCAUAUUACUGAAAAUAAAUGGGAAAAGUUACUUUUCGAGUCAGCAAAAUCUUCUUUAAUUUUUCAAAUUAUUGAAAAAGAGCAAAGCGUGGGUGAUUUAGUAGAACAUUCGUUAUUAUCUUAUUUCAAAAAAGUGCCGCAUAAUUAUUCCCAGCAAAUGGUGCAACGUAUAUUUGCAGUAAAAAUUGAAGAUAUGGGGCGUAUAGCAUCUCAAUAUUUACCACCAUUAUUUGAUCCAAAACAAUGUAAAACGACAAUUGUUUGCCAUCCAUCUAAAGUACAAGAAAUAGGCGAUACUUUUAAAACAUUAAAUCAUGAGCUUAAAUUGUAUAACAGUCUUGAAGAAAACUACUUAAAUGAUUGGUAACUUGCAAAUACGUUAAAUUGUUCACUAUUCUCUGUUACAAAUAAAAUAUUAUAUUGUUUCUAA